UGUAAAGUUUCGGUGAAAUGGUAUCAAAUGCUGUACGGAAGUCGAGCAGACCAAGACUUUUCACGAGUUAUUAUCGGCUUCAUUUCUCCUCUCCUUUUCGCACUGCCCGCGAUCACUCAUCGAUCGUCUUUUUAAAUGCUCGUCUCGGACGGGAUUGAUUCACAAGUGUUAAAAGCUGCUCGUUUCUUCAUAUAUUUGCUCUCUCAAUCACUCGUUGCUUGAAAUUCUCAUACGCAUUCGUCUUCUUCAACGGGAAAGUAAGAGGGAGUGGAACUGGCCAUGGACUCUAGAAAAGGUGCGGAGGCUGGUUCUGGCAGGAAGAAUGACAAGCGCAGUGACCUGAUUGAUAUUAUCUUCUCUUGGUCUCUUGAAGAAAUCUUCAAUAUCAAUCUCUACGGGGACAAGGUGGAGACCGUACCGGAGUCAUUUCAAUCAGUUGAGCAAUACCUUGCUUCUCAUACCUUUCCUUUGCUUGAGGAAACACGAGCCAGUCUCUGUUCAAGUAUGCAGGAUGUAUCUAAGCUGCCUUUCGCGAAAGUCACUGGGUUUGUUGAAGGCAAGAAGAAUUCUUACUACGUGGAAGUGGACUACUGGAGAAACAGGUCCACUGACAAUGGCAAGGAACCUUACAAAACUUUGCCUGGGGAUGUUUUGAUCUUAACUAAUGCUAUGCCGGAUACCAUUACCAGCUUAGAAAGGUUUGCAGGAAGAUGGGCAUUUGCAUCGGUCACUAAAAUUACAGAAGACGAGGACAGGGAUGCUCAAACGUCAACAAUGUUCAGUGUCAGAGCAUUUUUGGACAAUGAAGUGAACGAUGAUCGUACCUGGGAGUCAAUGUAUGCAGUUUUUUUGAUAAAUGCAGUCACUAACAAUAGGAUAUGGAAUGUGCUACACAGAUUUGGGAACUUGAAAGUUGUAAGGGAAGUCCUCUGUACGGAUUCAGCGGCUGAGAAAGAUUGCAAUCUCUGUAUUACCCAAAGUCAUGACUCUGGGCAUGAGAGUCUCGAUAAGAACUUGUUUGAUAGUCUGAAUGAAUCCCAGACAAAAGCUGUUCUAUCUUGUCUCAAUACAAUCAAGUGUAAACACAGGUCGGCCAUCGAAAUGAUACAGGGUCCUCCAGGGACAGGGAAGACCAAAACUGUCGCAGCCCUGCUCUUUACUCUCUUGAAAAGGAAACACAGAACCCUUGUUUGUGCUCCAACAAAUGUUGCCAUCAAGGAAUUGGCAUCUCGUGUUUUGCAGCUGGUGAAACAAUCGGUGUGCACAAACACUCAUGGUGAACGCUUGCUCUAUAACUUAGGAGACAUACUAUGUUUUGGGAACAAGGAUCGGAUGAAAUUAGAUUCAGAUAUGGAAGAAAUAUUCUUGGAUCAUCGCGUUGAUUGUGUUGAGCGGUGCUUUUCUGUACUCGCAGGUUGGCAGCAUUGUCUACCUUCCACGAUUGAUACUCUCAAUGACUGUGUUGACCAAUACCACAUUUUUCUGGAGAAUGAACGCAUGAUUAUAUCGAAGCCUAAUGGUAAUGAAUCCAAACCUGAAUUUAAAUCAUUUCUGGAAUUUUUCAAGCACAGAUUCAAGUCAAGUGCACAUUGUCUUCGAAGAUGCCUCUCUAUCUUAUGCACCCAUGUAUCCAAAAGUUACCUUUUGGAUCAAAAUUUCCAGGAUAUUAAGUCCCUUCUCAUCUUACUUGAUUCUUUUGAAGUUUCACUAUGUAGAGAGAAGUUGGAUUCUAGAAAGUUGAAGGAAGCUUUUUCAGUGGACCCAUCUUCAUUAAAAACUCUCACAGAUCCACUAUAUACAGCAUUAUUGAUGAAGAGACAUGAAUGCCUCUCUGUUUUGCGAACUCUUAACACAUCUCUUAGAAGGCUAAACCUUGCAACAUUUGCAAGUAAGAGCAAGAUAGCUGAGUUCUGUUAUCAAGCAGCUUCCUUGAUUUUCUGCACUGCCUCCUGCUCAUAUAAGCUCUACACUAUGGGAAUGGAGGCUGUUAGUUUAUUGGUGAUUGAUGAGGCUGCACAGUUGAAAGAAUCCGAGUCAAUGAUUCCGCUAAAACUUCAAGGUGUCAGCCAUGCAAUUUUAGUUGGAGAUGAAUGUCAGUUGCCUGCAAUGGUUGAGAGCAAGCUUUCUAGCAAGGCUGGCUUUGGAAGGAGUCUAUUCGAAAGGUUGAGUUCUCUGGGCCAUCCAAGGCACCUUCUCAAUAUCCAGUACAGGAUGCAUCCUGAGAUAAGUCGCUUUCCAGCAUCCACCUUUUACAAAAAUCAAAUUCAAGAUGGGUCAAAUGUUACCAGCAAAAGUUACGUAAAAUGUCAUUUGCCGUGGCCAAUGUUUGGCCCCUACUCCUUCAUAGAUAUUUCUAACGGAACCGAAGAAGGUGGGGAUGAUGGACAUAGCCUUAGAAACAAUGUUGAGGUAGGAAUCGUCUCGAUGAUUUUGAGGAAUCUAUACGGAGCAUGCAAAUCUUCAGGCGAAGAUCUAAGUGUUGGCGUGAUAUCUCCAUAUAGUGCUCAGGUUGCUGCAAUACAAAAGAAAAUUGGAAAAAGAUAUGGAAAUGUCAAAGGCUUCACAGUAAAAGUGAGGUCAGUGGAUGGGUUCCAAGGGGGUGAAGAAGACAUCAUAAUAGUAUCCACCGUGAGAUCAAACCCUCGUGGUUUUAUUGGGUUCGUUUCUGAUACUAAGAGAACCAAUGCCACUAUCACCAGGGCAAGAUACUCUCUUUGGAUUUUGGGAAACGGGAGAACGCUGUCGAGAAGUAAAUCUGUAUGGGAAGCAUUGGUUCAUGAUGCUAAGAGCCGUGGAUGUUUCUUCAGCAUAGAUGAUGUUAUAGCCGUUUUGGAUGGGAAGAAUAAUGAGCUUGAUGAUCCGGUCGAUGGAAGUAGUGUACUAUCUAGAAAUGCACAGCAGAGGGCAAAGCGCUUUGGUGAUGCUAAGAGCCGAGAAUGUUUGUCCAAUACCGAUGAAGUUAAAGCCAUUUUGGAUGGGAAGAAUAAUCAGCUUGAUGAUCCGGUCGAUGGAAGUAGUCUACUAUCUAGAAAUGCGUGGGCGAGGGCUAAGUGCUUUAGUGAUGCUAAGAGCCAACGAUGUUCCUCCAGUGCUGAUGAAGUUAAAGCCAUUUCGGAUGGGAAGAAAGAGAAUAUUCAGCUCGAUGAUCCGCUUGGUGGAAAUAGUGACCUAUUUAGAAAUGCUCGGUGGAGGGUUUUCUUCGGGGACAACUUUGUGAAGUCUUUCAGAAAGCUGACGUCACUUAGGACCAAGAUGUCAAUCAUGAACCUCAUAUCAAAACUUGCCAGUGGCUGGAGACCUAAGAAGAGCGAUGUGGGUUUACUCCCUAAAAGCUCUUCUCCUAUGGUGAAGCAAUUCGAGGUAGAAGGUCUCUACGUGCUGUGCACUGUCGAUAUACUAAAGGAACUUAGGUACAUUCAAAUCUUGAAGAUUUGGGAUGUAUUGCCCUUAAGCGAUGCGAUGAUAGUGGUUGAACAUCUUGACAGCGAGUUCAAAACAUAUGCAGACGAUUUCAUUAGUCGCUGCAACGAGAAAUGUAUUGAUGGGGAUCAGGAAGUUCCAAAGACAUGGGAUUGUCCUCAUGGCAUUGCUUGUUUCCGUAGUCCGGAUCAUGUUCAAGAUGGAAGCAGUUUCGGUGCCAAUACUUCAAAUCUGGGAGGGAGAGAGAGCCUGAUUUCAAUGAGAUUCCACCCCUCAUCAUCAGGUGUAGUCAGUAACUUGUUAUCGGAGGACCACGAUAACGAAUUGAAUCUCCCAUCUGAAGUAACCGAGAUAGAUCAAGAGAAGAAUUCCCUGCGCUUGUUAUCAGAGGACCACAAUAGUGAAUUGAAUCUUGCAUCUGAAGUAACCGAGCUAGAUCAAGAGAAGAAUUCUGUGAAAUCUCUCUUCAGUAGGCUUCUGAGUUCCCUCUUCAGAGGGUUUCGUAUUUGAGUCACACAUGCUGUUCCUUCUUCACAGGGUGCUUUUGACAGAAUCAGAGGGGGAGGAGUUGAUUGAUGCUUGAAUCAGGAAGGAAAAUGCCAUUUCUUUGCAAGGAACUUUUCGUUCGGCCGGAAUUUCUGUGCCCAUGCCGGGUAUCUUCGAGUAGGCAUGGAACUUGUCAACUAUGUAUCUUCUGCUGGUUUUGUGUUUGUGUAUAGUUGGUUGAUUAAUUCGUACAGAAGUUUGGAUCAGGUGUCCA